AUGUUGGACUGGAUGAAGGGGAACGAGGCUGGGGCUGCAGACACCUCCAAGGUGCUGGAGCCCCCCGAGACACCAGCUCCUGUGUUCGCGAUGCGCGCCUUCAAGAGCGCUUUAUUCGGCACGCCCGGUGCUGAGGAGGAAGAGAAGGAGAACGUGGAGGAAAAGGAACGCGCCUCUCAACCGAAACCGUCGGUUCACCAACGCAGCAAGAGUGACACCACCAAGCCCAUCACUAUCGAGAAGGAGCCCCCGAAAACAGACAUCAAUUCUACCUUCAACCCCGCGGGUUCGCCCACCAAGAGCAUACUCGUCACGCCCGGCACCAUUGCCAAUCGUCGCAAAACAGUCUCCUUUGGUAAGGGCGUGGUUGACAAUGAAGGGAAACGCGACAGUCAAUCUAGCCGGGCCCCCAAAACACCACCGAAUCCAAAUGGAAUUACUGCACAAUGGAUGUCGGGAUCGGCCAAUGGGAAGCCACCAAGCAAACUUACGCAGACUCUUCUUGACGCUCGUGAGAACGCGUCGAAAAACGCCGAGUCGGCCAAAUCUACUCAAGAUAAUUCGUCCGAAUCAAAACCCGCUGUACUCCCUGCAUCGAAGGACGAACCGGGCGUGGAAGAUGUUACUAUCAAUUUAGAUGAGCCACGGUCGGAGUCUGGCAAAUAUUGGAAGACGGAAUUCGACAAUUAUCGCGUGCGAACCAAUCGUGAGAUCAAAAAGCUCAUCCACUACCGAUCAAUCGCCAAGUCCUAUGCUCGAAAGAAGGAUUCAGAGGCGUUGCGUCUGGCAGAUAAACUUCGAGAAGAGGAAGAGAAAGUGGCAGAUAUGGAGCGUCAAGUGUCACGCCUUGCGGCCACAAUUGUCGGUGAAGGAUCCAAGGCAGACAAGGAGCAAUUGAUCCAAGACUUGACCAAGCAGACCACCCUGGCACUGCAAUACAAGCAGCAAGUUACUUCUUUGCGCAACACGCUAGAGCAACAAGGCGUGAUUAAGGAUGGCGUGGUGAAGACAACAGACUCGACCAAGGAAGAGCCAUCAGAACAAGGCUCGUCAAAUUCCUCAGAAGAGCUACGCAAAGCCCAGGAGGAGCUAAAACAAGCGAAUGCAAAAAUUGAAGAGCUGAAGCGCCAGAACCCAGAUCUUAGCAAGCUGCAGAGCCUCGCGCAAAGUUCCGAAAAGAAAGCGCAGGAGCUCGAAAAGGAGAAUAACACUCUCAAACAAACCUUGGCGCGUGUGAAGCAAGAAAUGUCACGAUACGAGGGCCGACGCAAGGAGAAGGAGACCAGGCUGAAGCAAAGAGAGACCAAACUCGAGGCCCGUAUCCAAGAGUAUCGCGAUCAACUCAAGACCACUACCCAAGAGCACCGGGAUUCAGAAGAGAAGCUGCGGGCCAGCUUCGACGAAGAGCGUCGCCGCAUGCAAACCCAAAUAGAUCUAUUGAAGAUCAGGGCAUCUGCAUCUGACCGCAGCAUCCCAACCCUGCGGCCACAGCAACGGCAUUCCCUCAGUCCGCGCAAAGCAUACGACGGUGUCCAUGUGCACGAUUUCGCAAUGCAAGAUCACCCACUACCAGACGAAGAGGCCACAGAAGACCUCGACGCACCCCCAAGCCCCAGCCCACGCUCCAAGGCCCGAGAACAACGCCAUCACACCCGCAACGCAACAACGGGUACCAUCGACGUCAAACGCACCGCACGAAACAUCGCAGCCGACGACGACGAAGUCACGCACUAUCUAAACGAGAUCCUCCCCAAACCACACACUACACACCGCACCAAUCAAACCACAGUCCCCCCAUCCUCUCCACCAGAAAUUCCAGCCCUGAAACCCCUCGACCGCAAUCAUCAAAAGUACCUCAACACGGGCGAAAAGCAGCGAAGCUACCGCUCUCUUUACCGACGCGAAACUACAGAUACUACCUCUGACAACCGCUACGGAAACCUCACCCACCGUCCCCGCACACACAUCAAGUCCGCGCUAGACUCGAUGUCCGCUGUCCCUCUCCAAUCCUCACGCCCUGCAUAUGCCGGGUACACCACUAUUACCGCCGGGGAGCGCGGUCUUCGACGGACGGGUCUGGCGGAUAUGAGAGGCGAGACUUUGUCGCCGGAGCGUGUGGCUGCGGCUAAGUCGAGGUUGAAGUUGAAGCAGGAUAGUCGGAAGGUUAAGGCGUUGGGGAAAGAGAAUAGUGGUGGGGAGUUAUUGAGGUGA